CGUGGCGAUAAACCUUGUUUAGUCAAUCACGAGCUCUCGAGAGGAGAAGUACACAAACAAUGGGCGACAGCGACAAAGUCACGACGGUAGAGUUUAAGACUCUGAGCCCGGCCAAUCAGGAGCUCAUCGAGGCGGCAAUCGAGGUGAGGAAGAAGGCCUACUGUCCGUACAGCAAGUUCGCGGUGGGAGCGGCAAUUCGGACGCCCUGCGGGCGCAUCUUCACUGGCUGCAACAUCGAGACCAGCACCUACACGCCGUGCAUCUGCGCCGAGCGCACCGCCGCGGCCAAAGCCAUCAGCGAGGGCUUCCGCGAGUUCAGUGCAGUGGCCGUGGUGGGUCAGCAGGAGAAGUCCUUCACGACACCCUGUGGCGUGUGUCGUGAAUUCUUAUCGGAGUUCGCCGAUAAAGACAUCACAAUCUACGUAGCCAAACCGGCUGCCGUCAAUGUGAUGGUCACGUCGCUCUUCCAGCUGCUGCCCCAUCGCUUCCAGUGGUCCUAGUGCACCUGCAAUGGGCACACGUUAGCACAGAGCCUAUUCCAAAGAGUUGUUCUUUUCCUACCUGCUGACGAAUGGAUUUUUUAUGAAAUAAAAAAUCACUGUUGCGAUCAAGA